AGUGCGCCGGUCGUCGGGAGAGCUGGUGUUUGUCUCGAUGCGGGUUUCAGGGACAGCUGUCGGGUUUCGGUGUUUUUUUAGGGUUUAAAACUCUCCGGGGAGGAUUUUAUACAACGGAACCGAGAGUGUGGACCGAUGAGGGGCGAAGAGUCGUCGGAUUCGGAGUCGGGCAGGAUGGAGGAGUCCUCGAUCCGGAGCAGUUUGGAGACGUUGUGUCAGGAACUGAACAUGGACGAGCACACUGCGACUGAAGCGAUGGAGAACUUCUCUAGCAUCUGGAACACAUACACACUGGAGGGAGAGGUGGUCCACUGGUUGGCCUGUUCGCUGUACGCAGCCUGUAGGAAGGGGUCCACUCCCACGGUGGGUAAAGGGUUGAUGGAGGGAAACUGUGUCUCCCUCACCAGGAUCCUUCGAACCGCCAAACUCAGUCUGAUCCAGUUCUUCUCUAAGAUGAGGAAGUGGGCCGACAUGUCGAACCUCUCUCAGGACUUCAGGCUGCGGAUGGAGCGUCUGGAGCGCAACUUCGAGGUUUCCACUGUGAUCUUCCGCAAGUUUGAGCCCAUCUUCAUGGAUAUGUUUCAGAACCCGCAGGGAGGGGAGCCGCCACGGCAACCACGCAGCCGGAAACACAGGCGACUCCCCUGUCACAUCAGCGAUGUGUUCAAGUUCUGCUGGACUCUGUUUGUCUACACCAAAGGUAACUUCCGUAUGAUCGGUGAUGACCUGGUGAACUCGUACCACCUCCUGCUCUGCUGUCUGGACUUGGUGUUUGGCAACGCUCUGCUCUGCGCCAACAGGAAGGACCUCAUCAACCCGACGUUCAGAGGUCUGCCCGCUCUGUACCGCGCUGACGGCCAUGUUACAUCGGACGAGCUUCCUCCGUGUGUGUUGGAGAGGUUGUGCGAGCUGCACGACGGGCUGGUGGUGGAGGCCAAAGGCAUCAAACAGCACUACUUCAAACCCUACAUACAGAAACUGUUCCACAAACAGAUCCUGAAAGGAAACGAGGAUCAAUUAACAGAACUGUUGGAUCCCCAGAACUUCAUUGAUAACAAUAAAGCCAUAAACCGGGAGUAUGAGGAGUACGUGUUGACGGUGGGAGAUUUUGAUGAGCGAGUGUUUCUGGUAGCCGAAGCCGACGAGGAAAUCGGGACUCCGAGGAAGAUCGUUCAGGAACCGUCUGCCAGCCAGACGGCGGCUCAGAACCAGCUGCAACAGCACGUAGAGAAGUCGGGCUCUCUCGCUCCCUCCACCCCUCUGACAGGACGAGUCUACCUGAAGGAGAAGGACCUGCUCGUCACGCCGGUCUCCUCGGCGACGCAGAGCGUCAGCCGGCUGCAGAGCAUGGUGUCCGGGUUGAGGACGGCGCCCAGCGACCACCUGAUGCAGAUCUUCAAGUCGUGCACCAGAGAUCCCACAGAGUCCAUACUGGCCAGAGUAAAGACACUGGGACAAACCUUCAAAGAACAUUACACCAACAACUCAGAGGACAUGCCCGGCUCUCAUAUAGACUUUGCAGAGAACCGUCUGAAGCUGGCUGAGAUUCUCUACUACAAGAUCCUGGAGAACGUCAUGGCUCAAGAGACCAAACGGCUGCACGGCAAAGACAUGAGUGUGUUACUGGAGCAGGAUAUCUUCCACUGUUCUCUGAUAGCGUGCUGUCUGGAGGUGGUGUUGUUCUCCUACAGCUCCCAGAGAACCUUCCCCUGGAUCAUCAACAUCUUCAAACUGACCCCAUUCUACUUUUUUAAGGUGAUCGAGGUGUUUAUCCGCUCAGAGGAAGGCCUGUCCAGAGACAUGGUGAAGCAUCUGAAUUCGAUCGAGGAGCAGGUCCUGGAGAGCAGAGCGUGGAGCGCAGACUCUGCCCUGUGGACCGCCCUGCAGGCUGCUGGGAACAAGAUCCCCACAGUGGAGGAGGUGAAUUUUUCCUCCAGUCUCGACACAGGUUCAGGUCCUGGUUCUGUUUCUGUUCCUGGUUCUGCCAGUGGAGCUCAAACCCACCUUCCUCUGGUCGCCCUCUCCCCCAUCAUCCACCCCCGCAUCAGGGAGUUCAGAUCAGGCCUGGGCAGCGCACGUAAAGAUGUGCCUCCCUCUCCGUUGUCGGUCCAUGACCGGUACAGCUCCCCGGCAGCCGGCAGUGCCAAACGGCGUCUCUUUGGCGACGACCCUCCCACAUCAGGAGUGGCCCCCAGCAUGAGCCCGCUGUCGUCGCCGGCCAAGAGGCUGACGUUCGGCUCCAAUAACACCCUGAGGAUCGGGACUCAGGGCACCCAAGCCACCGUCCUUAGUUUCCCACUGCAAGGUAUGAGUAACGACCGCACUAUUACACUGAUCCCGGUGCAGCCGUGUGACUCCUCUGGUACGAUCACCGCUCAGUUCCUGCUGACCGCCUCCCCGAGCCGAGUCGCCUCAGCACCCACGGCUUCCUCGGAGCCACAGGCGGGAAUCGGUCGGCCGAGACGAACCGGAUCGCUCGCUCUGUUCUUCAGGAAGGUGUAUCACCUGGCCAGUGUGCGUCUGAGGGAUUUAUGUGUGAAGUUGGACAUCCCGUCGGAGCUGCGAGGGAAGAUCUGGACGUGCUUUGAACACGCUCUGGUCCACUGUACCGAUCUGAUGCGGGACAGACACCUGGACCAGCUGCUGCUGUGUAGCGUUUACAUUAUAUCCAAAAUCACCAAAGAGACUCACACCUUCCACGACAUCAUGAAGUGUUACCGCAGCCAACCGCAGGCCAGCAGCCAUGUGUACCGCAGCGUCUUACUGCGUCACACUCCCAGAGAGCAGGUGGCUGAUGAGAACAUGGAGGUGGAUCCUGUUUCAGGAGGCGAAUCUGCAGAGAAAACCAAUCAGGUCUCAGGAGAAGCAAACUCCAACCAACCAGGGGAGGAGGAGCGCGGCGACCUCAUCCAGUUCUACAACGGCGUCUUCGUCCUGAAGGUUAAAAGCUUCGCGCUGCGAUACGCCACCCACGACAACCGGGCGGACGCUCCUCCUCUCUCGCCGUUCCCGUCGGUUCGGGCUCAGCCUCUCUCUCCUCGCCGUAUUUCCCAGAGACACUCGCUGUACGUCUCCCCUCACAAGAACUCUGCAGGCUGCCUCACGCCGAACUCCUACACCUACAGGAUCAACAGCAGCCCGUCCAAGGAGUUAUCGGACAUCAACCGGAUGAUCCGGCAGGGCUGCGUGAGCAGGAAGAGGGCCUUCACCAUGGAGGGGGACGUCAUGAUGUCCUCAUCGUGUGACUCCCCCAGCAAGAGGGCGUGUCCAGAGAACGGCAGCAGUCCAGAUGUGCUGCUGAAGCGCCUUCAGGACGUCGUGUCGGAGCGGCAGAGUCACUGAAAACAUUAAAGUAAUGAAUCCAUUACAGAAGCCCAGUUUCUGAAGCUACCAGGUACUCGAGGAGGAAUUAUGAAACUAAACAGUCGGAGUCUGUUUUUAUCACUGACGCCCGUUUUGACCUUUAUACUUUAUGACCGGAGGGUCGUAGAACCUGAGCAGGAAAUAAUGGCAUUGGCCAUUUUGUUUUAUCCAAAGCAGUUUGUAAUUGUAGUCCCAACCACAGACGUCUAACUCUGUUACUAAUGAUAAUAUCUGAAAUGUGAUAUUUGAACAGAGUAGAGCAGACAAACAAUCUCUCGUCAAGUAGCUCAACGGUUUCCUGCUUUUCAGUAUCUUCAGUCUCUGUUAAACUCUGCUGGAGGAAACUCUUUAAUCCCAGAUAUUUGGAUAUUAGUGCUGUAAUUCACUCCUAAUGUUGUUAAACAUUGUCAGCGGCUAGAUGGCAGCACAAGCAGCGUUAUCAGUUACUCUUUAAGGAUAGUUUCACUGUUUACUGAGUGCCUUUAUAAUACUGUAUUGGCCUGAAUAUAAGACCCUCCUGAUUGUUAGAUAACACUUAAAAUACUUCUGAAGACAGGAAGGUUUCCAAGAGAUGUUGUGAACGUGAAAACAUGAAAUACUUAGAUUAAGACAUUAUUAAAUUCAAUUAAACAUACUCACUUAAUGAGUAGAAAAGCAAAGAUGGAUGAUUUAAUAUUGAAUAGCUUUGUUCUAACCAAAUCUAACAACUUAAAAUCACUAUUGUUAACAACAACAAAGAACAGUUCUGACUCUUUAAAGGUUCCUUUAGUUGAUUGUAACUGAACACUUUAACUCUAACGGACAUUAAGACACACAUCGAAGGAGAAUAUCUGCUCCACUUUUAAAACGUAACCAUCAAAAGAAGGUCUUUAUAUUAGGAGCAUUACGGUAACAUCACAGGCAGAUAUUUCAGAGUGAUACAGAAACCGUUUAUUAUGAGCUUUAAGUCACAUUUCACAUCUGGGUUGCCGUGACAACAGUGGAGCGCACACGUUUCAGUCGACUCUCACGCCGGCGAUGUUUGACAGCUUUGUUUUCUGCUCACGUGAAAUAAAGGACAGUAUUAAAGAGAUUGAAAGUUGAAAAGCAGGAAGGUCGAAGCUUCUUCACGUCAGCUGAACUUUGAACUUGUGUAAAUAGUUUUACUUCACCAGGACAAAUCAAGCUCUAUUGUACAUUCUCUGGUAUUAAACACGUCUUCCCGCCACGAUAUUUGCAGAGGUCUCUGCUUUUUGUAGAGAUUUUAUUAGUGAAACAAAAGUGUCUAAUUUUAUUCUUUAGCUGAGUGUUUCCCUUUUUAAUGUUUCCUGUUUCUGGUUUUGAACCAUUUAAUGUUGAUUAAUGCUGUAAUAACAGACUUAAUGCCAACAAGGAUUGACUGAAGCAGCAUUUGUGUACCAGAGUGUGUGUGUAGUAUCUACACUUCUUUUUCUAUGGACUUUAACAUUUUAGAAAACGAUCUAUGACUUUAAACAUUUUCAUUUUGUUCAGUCCUGAAUGUUAAAAGAUGCAAAUUAAAAAGCGUUGAUUUUGUUUCCAAACUACAAAAAGUACAAUAAUGGGAAUCUGUGAGCAGGGAAAUCGUUUGUUUCUCACUUUGUGUAUUUGAGCUUUUCUUCAACCCACUUCAAGGAAAUUUGUAUUUUCUACAAACAGUCAACGUUUUGUACAAUAAAACUUUCUUUGACAA